AUGUCGUUGUCGCAUCAUCACCGUCAUCAUGAUUAUUGUGAUCAUCAUCAUCAUCAUUAUCAUCUUUAUCGCCACGAUCGUGAUCAUAAUUUUUUUCGUUCAUUUAUUACUGCUGGCCAUAUCAAAAAUCAAACCAAUUGCUCUCUGCAUGCCAUAGAUGAGUAUCCCGAGUGGUUUACCGAUAAACCGCCACGCUAUGAUUUCGUUUUCUAUUGUUGUCUAAUCACCGGCUAUUUGUUUCUGGCCUUGGCUUUAGUAUGUGAUGAGUAUUGUGUGCCCUCGGUGGAGAGGUUAAGUUAUAAAUUUGGUUUAUCUUAUGAUGUGGCUGGGGCCACAUUAAUGGCUUUGGCCACUUCUUCUCCGGAAUUUUUUAUAAAUCUUUAUGCCACCUUUUUGACUGAAGGCGAUAUGGGUCUGGGCACUAUAGUGGGCUCUUCGGUGUUUAAUACUCUGGCCAUUACCGCCUGUUGUUGCCUAUAUACGGGCGUGAACUUUUCUCUUGAUUGGUGGCCUAUUACUCGAGAUCUUUUGUGGUAUGGCUGCAGUGUUUCACUGCUAACCUUUUUAAUUUGGGAUGGUUUUAUUUACUGGUGGGAGGCAGUAAUACUGGUCUUGCUUUAUUUCUUGAAUGUGGGAAAUCUGUUAUUGGAUCGUAUAUGUCAGGAGAAACUCAGAAAUAGACAACAGCCCUGCAAACUGAAAUGUUUUGUACCCUUGGGCGAGGUUAAAGACUUUAACCAAAUGUCAGCUCCCGAUAAUGAUGAGCUACCAUUUGAUUUCUUUAACUGGCCUAAGGAUUCGAAGUGGAAUAAAUUUAUUUGGCUGCUAUCCUAUCCUCUAGAAUGUCUAUUCUUUUUAACCAUACCCAAUAUAAGGCGGAGCUGCUCUCAGGACUGUAGUGGUUUAUGUCUAGUAAUGUCUAUGUUAUGGAUUUCAUGUUUGACCUAUUUGUGUUCCUGGUGCAUAACCGUAAUAGGUUACAAUUUAUUUAUACCGGAUUCAGUAAUGGGUCUAGUAAUACUGGCUGCCGGCACCAGCAUACCUGAGGCUAUAUCAAGUGUUAUAGUUACCAAGAAGGGCUACGGCUCCAUGGCCGUUUGCAAUGCUAUCGGCUCCAAUACCAUUGAUAUACUCCUAUGUUUGGGUGGUCCCUGGCUGGUGAAAUCUUUAUACUUCCCCAUUUCAUCCACUAGACAUGCUGUUUCCCUUAUAUCCGAUGGUCUGGCCUAUUCCUCUGCUUGUCUGCUGGUAUCAGCUGUUCUCUUGUAUAUCUUCUUUAUGAUCACACGAUUCCAAUUGGGUCGUACGGUGGGCAUUUUAAGUUUAAGCACUUAUAUUACGUUUAUAACGGUGGCGGUAACGAUUGAAAUGUUAUUUUUUGAAAAAAGUUUACCACAUUGUUUGCAUAUGGAGGGAAGAUGA